ACUUGCAACAUUUGUUUAACCAAACUAGUUUCAGUUUCACAGCAUAGACAUUCUGUGCUCUUCCUCUAACACUCAGAGCAUGUGUGUGGAUGUCUGUGUUGCCACACUGUGUAGCGUCUUUUGGUUCAUUGAAGAGACAACAAACUCCCUCAGAACAGCUUUUCUAUAAAGAAAUAUUAGAAGACAGGACCUUUCAAAGUUUUUAGUGGAGUCUUACAUUCAGAGAAUUAAUGGGGACGAUUUCUGAUGACAUCAGAAGGCUUCUCGAAGAUUGUGAGCUGUUUGUCUCAAGUAUUUUGCAGGAUGAGAACCUCAGUAGACAUGCUCAAGAAACAAGAGAAAUACUACUAAACAACUUUCGUAUUGUCCACAACAGAAAUCCACAGGCAUUUCCAUACAGAUCUGAUGUUAGACAUGAGGACAGUUCAGAUGACAACCAUAGUAGCCUGGGACGUUCUGCCCCUUCUGACGAUCUGUCUGUGGCAUCUGACUAUCAGGAGGACACUGCGCCUGAAUAUUUUGGAGAUAUUCCCACGGUGGCAGCACAAGACCUGAAUAAUAUUCUGAAGCAGGGCUAUCUGGAGAAAAAAAGACGUGAUCAUAGCUUCUUCAGCAUGGAGUGGCAGAAAAGGUGGUGUGUCCUGAACAAUACCAUAUUCUACUACUUUGGAAGUGAAAAAGACAAACAGCAGAAAGGAUCUUUUUAUAUCAAUGGCUAUAGUGCAGAGCUGGUAUCCAACUUGCGUAAAGACUCCAAGAAAAACUGCUGCUUUGAGAUGAAUGCUCCUGGAAGGCGUUCUUACCAGUUCACUGCCAGCAGCCCCCGUGAGGCCAGGGAAUGGGUAGACCAAAUCAAUUUUGUCUUAAAGGACCUGAGCUCCAGCUUCAUCCCCUUUGAUGAUGAUGAGGAAGAGGAAGAGGAGGAAGAAGAGGAGGCAUAUGAUGAUAUAGAAAGGGCAGCAACUCCACCACCACAUCCUGCAGGUGUGGUCUCUACAGCUUCCCCGGCUCCAGUACCACCACCUGGUAGCCAGGAGGUGAAGAAGGACAGAGCAGGGGCAGCCAGAGAGGAAGAGGAAGAUGAGGAAGAGGACAUCUAUGAAGUGCUGCCAGAGGAUGAACUCUCCGACCAGUCUGAGGAGAGCACCAAGAGAUACCAAAGAUCAGAUCCAUCAUCAGAUUAUGCCAAUUACUAUCAAGGCCUGUGGGACUGUGAGGCAGACAAGCCAGAUGAGCUCUCGUUUCAAAGAGGAGACCUCAUCUAUAUUCUGAGCAAGGAGUACAACAUCUAUGGCUGGUGGGUUGGUGAGCUGCAUGGUGAUAUUGGCAUUGUACCCAAAGACUUCUUGCACCCUGCAUAUAUUAUUUAAGCUGUUAAAGUAUAUAAAGCCCCAGUUCUUAGGCAUGGACCCCAAACAGUCUUCAAGCCUCACCAGAAUCACCACAGAAGUGUGUCACUGAUGUUUACUACAACCCACAGAACAGAGGACGCUAUUUUACACACAAAAUUAACGAGAAACAACAUAGCUUGUGCAGGUAAAUGAAAAGUUUUAAAUGAGUGCAAAGUGAAUAUGAUGGACGACAUUCUCCCAACAAAACAAAACCAGCAGGAAUUAAUGCUGAAUUUUGUGUCUGCUUAAAUAAACUGCUAUAGUCAGAGAGAAGUGUGUAAAAGUGCCUUAGUCAAUAUAAACCUCUGUUGCAUGAUGUAUUUACUUGAAAGUAUAUUAUAUGUAGUACAUAAUUCCUCAUCCAGUAUACCCACACAAUAAAAAAAAGAGGGGGGAGGGUGCAUUUUGGCUGACAGGAACAGAACCUGAUGUGGUCUUCGAUUGUAACUCAUCCACCCCAAGGUUUGACAUGUUCUGUAUACUGACAUGCUUUUCUGCUCAUAAUCAUUGUAGAGUGGUUAUUUGAGUUACUGAGCCUCCCUAUCAGCUUGAAUAAGUCUUACCAUUCUUCUCUGACCUCUCUCAUCAACAGUGUUUUCAUCUCGAUGUUUUUUGUACCAUUGCGCAUGAAAACCCCAAACGAUCAAUUUUCUGAAAUACUUUAACCAUGCCAUGGUCAGUUACUGAGAUCACAUUUUUCCCAUUCUGAUGUUUGAUAUGAACCUUAACUGAAGCUCCUGACCUGUAUAGGCAUGGUGUUAUGGAAGCAGUACAAACCGUAUGACAAUUGCACAAAUGAGGUGUGUAUGUGUUCCUAAUAAAGCGGUCAGUGAAUGUAUAUCAACUGAUAGACAGAGA